UGGAGCGAAUUCUAGAUGAUGAUGAUGUGAACGGAAAACUUGCGUUGGGGUAGCGCGAGGGAGACGGGCACUGACUCAACGUAGCCCACAGUGAUCACAAACAGAAAAGUCAAAGCUCUCCUUAGAUGAACUGCGUUAGGCCGUUUCAAGAGAUGUAUGAGUUCCAUAAAAAUCAUGGCAUGAAAGUCACAUGUACGUUAUAUCGCAGUGGAAUGCUUUCUUCGAAUAUCCCAGCAAUGUUAGGAAGUUCGGGUCGGAGCACAAGAGGGCAGAGUGUUAGGGGGCCUCACUCAAGGGCCCAUGAGUGGCAGCUUGGUGAUACUGUGGCUUCAACCUCUGACCUUACGAACAGCAACCCAACACCUUAACCACUUCACAUAUGAAGUCCCUACCCCUCGGAAUUUGCGAAUAAAAACAGAGAACAUUGGUCUCAUUUUGGAAUGGGAUCCACCGGAGACGACCUCUGGGAAGGACUUGAAAUAUACAGCCGAGUACAAAUCAUGGGAUUCGUUCAAAAGAGUUUGUGUGAACAUUUCGUCGCCGAGCUACGAUUUAACCGAUGACGUCUCCCCUUACGGGAACUACAUACUCCGUGUGAGAACAGAACUCGAUGGGAAAAGCUCUGCUUGGACAGAAAUUAAUUGUGAACCUUUGGAAACAAUUACUGUUAUUGGACCGCCAAGCGUGAAGCUGCAGAGCCGGAAAGGGAAAAUGGAGGUCGACAUCACCGACCCCGUUCUGAGAAAAGGCAGCCUUAAGGAUCAUUAUACGAAAAUUAUCUAUCACAUUCAUUACUGGGCAAAAGGAGAGAUGGAACAGGAGAAGAUGGUGGACCAGAGCCGAGUGAUGCUCACAAACCUUUUACUGGAAACGCUCUAUUGCAUGAGAGUGGAGAUCAAUCUGGAUUAUAAAAAAAAAAGCCUCCCGAGUAACAUAACCUGUGAAAUGAACACUGCCAGUGACGAGGUGGAGAUGUGGCUGAUCUUGGUGGUGCUGCUUGUCAGUUUUCUGGUCACUCUGAUUUCUGUCCUCCUGAUUACCAUGGCUGUGUGGGGUGGCUACAGAGGAAUCAGAUAUCUGCGCCCAAAAGGCAAACUACCAGAGCACUUUAAACAGUACCUGUUGGAGCGUCCCACAUCAUCCAUCCUGGCCAUGCAGAACAACACUCCGCUCAAGGAGCCUUACCAUGAGUUCAGCAUCAUCACUUUUCAAGAUGUUCCUCCUAAAUCCAUGCAGAAGGAAAGCUCAAAGCCAUCACAGUCUUAACACAGGCAGACAUGAAGGACAUUUGCUUCUAACAAGAGGUAAAACAGAGCUUGCAGUCAUGGACUUUUUUUCUAUGGUAUAAAAGCGCUCCGGCAAAAAAACGAGGUGCAGUGAAUCAGCUUGUUCUACAACAACUUUUCAGAAUUUGUCUACUUUUAUACAUUUGCAAGGACUUCUUUGUUUUGUCAUCGGAAACCUUUCAUUUCAAUUGAUCAUAUAAAGGAUCGAAAAAGCUUCAUGAUUCAGUAUUUUGUAAGACCAAUUUUUAUCAUCACGUUUCUGUGAAAGUUUUUUGUAAAAGUGAGUGAAAUAUUCAUUGAAGUACAUUUUUUAUAUAUAUUGCACUUUAUAUAUUAGGAGAAUUGUCUUUUUUAUUUCAUUAAAAUUACUUUUGAAGUAAAGCUGUUACUAAUCGCCUUACUAUUACUAUUGCUAAUACACUAUUGCGGAUGGGUUGUAAUCAAAAUAUAGACCCUUGUGUUUGUUGUGUGUGUUAACCUGCAUUUCUCCAACAGAAUUAUGAGUACUUUUGUAAGUUUGACACGUUCGUUAUUGUUAUCUUGUACGUGUGACACGGGGCGAAAUGAACAGCUACGAGCUCCACGUUUAGCCCUUUUUCAACAAAGUAUGAAUAUGUUUAUCUAUGGGUUCUUAUUAUUGAUCGAUGCGUAUUGGAAAGAAUUGGGGACCAGGGCGUAUUACAUAUUACACAGGUAUUCCCCGGGUUUCCGAUGACCCCAUAGUAACUAAAAAAUAUCUUAUGUGGCCUUAAAGAAUGGUGAAGGGGUAUUAUACUGUCAUUUGCUAGUAAUUGAACAAAUUACAGUACAUAAUUUAGCAAAACAGAGCAAUUUACACUAUAGUAUAAUACUGUACUGUAUAAGCUAUACAGUAUAUAUAUAUAUAUAUAUAUAUGGCAGAGAGCACAUGAUCAAACACAGGUAUUGCCAGCUACGCAAAAUGUAAACAAUUUUUACACACAUUUAUUUACAACGUCCUUUUCCUCAGAUAUUAAAGCAAAUAUUUACAAAUAAACUCGCCAAGUCUCAAAUCAGUUGACUCAUGACGAUCGUGCGAUUAAUAACGAGUAAAUGUUUUAAUUAUUUGGCAACCCUAUUAUUCCUGGUAUGCAAAACAAACUUACUUUUCUUCUUCCAUAAUUAAUUGCUUGCUGUAAACCCUUCCUCAGAUUAAUAUUUAUUUUUAUGACAUGCUUGAUGUCAUCUCUGACCAACAAAACCUGGAGAACAACUUAAUUUCGAUUAACAGCAACUCUCAGUCCUGUUCCUGACGAUCCUCAGUGCACAUUUUAUACUUUUUUUUCUGACACAAACCUUAAUUAAAGUGACCGCGAGCUGACAAUUUUUUUUUUUCAUUGUGUGUAAAGCUUGUAUUCAUUUGUGUAUAAUUAUCUGACUUGUUACUAAUCCUUGUUUGACCUGAUCAGUGUGUAUUUUGUGUUUUUUCUGCUUUGUGGUAUAAUAAAUCUGGGUGUGUUCACUAA